UCAAUGUUACAAUAGUGCCACACAUCAGAACUGGAGUUGAAAGAUUGGAAGUACUAAUUCUUCAGAUUAGAUUCUGAAGUUCAAACACCAGUAUGGCUAGAAAUCUGGCCAACCAACCCUCUACACUUGACUCCAGAUGUCCAGAUAAAGGGUCUCCACCCAAAACGUCGACUGUCCAUUUCCCUCCAUAGACGCUGCCUGACCUGCUGAGUUCCUCUGGCAGUUUGUUUUCGCUCCAGAUUCCAGCAUCUGCAGUCUCUCGUAUCUCCUCUACACUCUCCAACAAGAUUCAUGUGGCUGUACCUCUUGUGCGCUGUCUUCCUCCUUACCGUUGGAUGGUUUAUCAGGGAUCGCCAAAAGAUCCGAGAUGUCAAAGACAAGUACGUUCUCAUCACUGGAUGUGACACAGGUUUUGGCAACCUUCUGGCAAAGUGCCUGGACCGUCAAGGAUUCCGUGUCCUUGCCGGCUGCCUGACCCAAAAAGGAGUGGACACCAUGCACAGGAGCAGCUCAUCCAGACUUAAAGCCAUCCUGCUUGAUGUGACUGACGACAUCAACAUCCAGAAAGCAGCGGACUGGGUCCAGGCACAGGUGGGAGAGAAAGGUAUCUGGGGAUUGGUCAACAAUGCAGGCAGAUCUAUUCCCGUUGGUCCAACAGAAUGGCUGAAGAUGGAGGAUUACCAUAAAGUCCUGAAUGUGAAUUUGCUGGGAUUGAUGGAAGUGACACUCACCUUCCUCCCAUUGGUCAAGAAGGCCAGGGGACGGGUGGUGAAUGUGGCCAGUGUGAUGGGGAGGAUAUCAUUUGCAGGAGGUGGAUACUGCCUCUCCAAGUGUGGAGUGGAGUCUUUCUCUGACAGUCUGAGACGGGACAUGCAAUACUUUGGUGUUCAGGUUAGCAUCAUCGAGCCCGGAUUCUUCAAAACAGCUGUGACAAACCUGGAGAGCAUUGAGAAUGACCUGCAGAGACUGUGGGAUAGGCUGUCUCCUGAAGUCCGUGAGAGUUAUGGACAGAAAUACUUUGAAAAGUAUCUGAAGGUCCAGAGGUUUUGCUUGAACACAUUAUGUGACAGUGACCUGUCCAAAGUCACCAACUGCAUGGAGCACGCACUCACUGCCCAACAUCCGCGCACGCGGUACACAGCUGGCUGGGACGCCAAGUUGUUCUGGAUUCCGCUUUCGUACAUGCCGACGUUUCUUAGUGACUUCCUGCUCUCUGCCAUAGUGCCAAGGCCUUCCCAGAGCGUCUGAUAGAUGGGGGUGAAAGUCAGUUGGCGGAUUGGAAUGUAGAGGAAGGGCUUUCCGGAUUCAUAAUAUUUCCAGGGCUUCCACUUGGUAGUUUCUUUUCUGUCACAUCCCUUCCCCAACUCUCCAAAUCCAGGAAACUGGAUUACUGGCAUCGUGCCUGAGGCCAUUGAGUGGGCAGGACAACGCCAUUGUUGUUUCCCACCCAAAGUGAUGUCACCCCCUAGAUGUUUCCUAGGUGAGAGAUCAUGUGCAGACUGAGUCCUUAGAAGUGCCAGUUGUUACUCUGUCAUUGAUGCAUUGACUUGUACACUGAAGUAACAGUCACUCCCAUUGUAAGAGGCCACCAUGGCAUGGUAAAUGUUGGUUUCAAUGCCCCCCCCCCCACCCCCGUGUUUACCUGAGAUAUCUCUCGGAGGACACACUAGAACUCUUCCUUGAACACAAUAGGAGCAGAAGUGGGCCACCAGUUCCCUCAAGCUGCCCUGCUAUUCAAUAUGAUCAUGGCUGAUCUAUGCUGGCCUCAAUUCCUCUUCUGUGCCAGUUCCCCAUCACCCUCAAUUGUUCAAAAAUUACUCUACCUCCAACCUUAAAUGUAUCCAGUGACUGAGCCACCACAACCCCUUAGGGUAGAGAAUUCCAGGGAUUCACCACCCACUGCAAGAAGAAAUUUCUAUAGACCUUGAAACUGUGUCCUCUUGUUCGAGACUCUUCCAUUACUGAAAACAUCUCAAUAUCUACCCUGCCCUGCCCCAGUUAGGCCUCUGAUAUGGGAGAGAGGGUGAAAGUGGGAAGAACUAGGAAGAAGUUCCAGCCUGGGUUACUAAGGUGCACCUGUCAAUGGCGUGAGCAAUGGGUCGGAAAGAUGCCUGUUGCCAAUCACACUCCAGAAUCUACAACCAGGGCAUCCACAACAGGCAGAAAAUGUAAUGUAGCUUACGUAAAAAGUUGAGCUUAGAAUCUUGUCUGUACAUGAAAAGUAAGUAAGUAGCUUCUAAGAUAACUGGCUUUGUUUGCACAGUGGAGUUUAAGAUAUUCAUACCAAGCCACUCACAUCAGAAAGUUCAAUGAAAGGUCAAUGUGUCAAAAAACUGCAGAUGCUGAAAAUCUGAAAUAAAACCAGAAAAUGCAAGAAACACUCAGGUUAGGCAGCAUCUGUGGAGGGAGGAACAGAGUUAAUGUUUCAGGUCAGAGACCCUUCGUCAGAACUAGGAAAGAAAAAAAACCAGUUUCUUUUUCCUCUUUCCUAUUUGAUGAAAUGUUAACUCUGUUUCUCCCUCCACAGACGCUGCCUGACCUGCUGUGUGUUUCCAGCAUUUUCUGGUUUUAUUUGGCCAGGAUUGCUCCCUGAGUUGAUCAUGGGGAUCUGUAAUUGGUGUCAGCAGCCCUGGGUUAGGGAGUUGAAUAUCAGCCACCUUGUAAACUGUUGAUAACUAGCCAGUAACUCACAGCUAAAACUGCAGGUGCUGGCACUAACACUUGGUUCAUUAGUUGAUCGCUCAUUGAAUAUGCUCCCAAUGCUCUCUGUCUGGAUUCAGAUGUGAAUAAGCCCUGACAGAGCACUGGAGGGGACCCAGCAAGGAGUCUGGCUAUGUCUUCAGGAGACUAUAUGAUUGGUGAGUCUGGGGGAGGGAGUGAAAUUCAUUAUCUCUGUAAAAGAUCAUUUCUCCAACUGUUGUCUUUAUUAACAGCUCCAAUAUUAUUAUAAUAAUUUUGGCUAACUCAUUUAUAGCAGAGCUGAGUAUACCUGAAUCAAUGGAAUAAAAAUUUCUCU